AUGAGGCUCAAUAUGAAUCCCCUACUCCUUCUCCCCCUUCUCCCCCUUCUCACCCCCAUGAUAACGGCCCUCCGUUUCGCCAUGUACGUCGACCAGUACCAUGUCGUGGGACUACCGGGCACCGAGAAGACCAGCGCCAUCACUCACGCCAUCAUGGCCUUUGCGGAAGACAAGCUGUUCAACUCCGACUCCGAGCCGACCUAUACGCCGUUCGAGAGCGUCGAUACCUUCCGCGCUCGCUUCGCGCCAGGAACCAAGAUCAUGUUCGCUAUCGGCGGCUGGGGUGACACGACUGGUUUUGCGGAGGGCGCGAAGGAUGAGGCUUCGAGAAAGCGGUAUGCGAAGAACGUUGCUGCCGUCGUGGAGAAGGGAGGAUUUGAUGGUAUUGACAUCGACUGGGAAUACCCCGGCGGCAACGGCGACGACUACAAGAAGACGCCCAACAGCCAAAAGACCGGUGAGAUCGAAACGUACCCUCUCUUCCUCGCCGCUCUCCGCGAAGCCCUCGGUCCCAACAAAAUCCUCUCGAUCGCCGUCCCCGGCAAACGCGGAGACAUGAUCGCCUUCACCCCGGAGCAGGGGCCCAAGAUCUUCGAAUCCGUCGACAUGGUCAACGUGAUGUCGUACGAUCUCAUGAACCGACGCAACAACGUCACCACGCACCACAGCAGCGUCGUCGACUCCUUGGACACUGUCCACGCGUACCAGGAGGUUGGACUGUGUGCGUCCAAGAUCAACCUGGGAGUCGCGUAUUAUGCGAAAUGGUUCACGACUAAGGGCGAGUGUGACCCCCAGCAUCCGAUCGGAUGUGAGGUCGAGGCCCUCGAGACGGCUGAUGGUGGUGAUACGGGCAAAUCGGGAGUCUUGACCUUCGAGGCGAGUACGAUGGCCGAGGCACCGAAGAAUCUGAAGCAGAGUACCGAUAUGACGUGUGGGUUCAACGCGGGGACGUACUGUCCUUCGGGAACGUGCUGCAGUCAAUAUGGAAACUGCACCUUCACCACGAUGAAAGCUCACGCAGAUAACAGCGGAACCGGCGACGACUUCUGCCAAACCGGCUGCCUCAGCGACUACGGCGAGUGCAAGGGUCUCUCCGUGCUGGACAGCUGGCGCAAGGCGUUGGCCGAGGCCACAACGGACAAGGAAGCGGGCGGACAGUACUACCUGGACGCCGCGAACCAUCUGUUCUGGACGUGGGACACGCCGGAGACGAUCGCGCGCAAGUUCCGGGACAUCGUGGACGCGGAGAAGGUGGGAGGUGUGAUGGCGUGGAGUCUGGGUGAGGAUACGUUGAAGUGGGAGCAUGUGGAUGCGAUGAGCGAGGGGGUAAAGCAGCGGUCUUAG